CCUCCAUUUCUCCCGUAUAUUUCUACUGUGGUCUCAGGCUGAGGUGAGACCCGACCAGACCGAGAUCAGUGCACAUCGGUCGGUCACGGGGGGCGGUCGCGCUCCGUCGGUUAACUUUUGUCGGCUUUCGUGUUGUGUACCACAUGUAGUGAAGUCCACCAGUCCCAAAUUCGCGCGCGCGAUGCCGUAAUCAAGAUGGCCGACUAGACAAAAUGGUGGACGGUUUUGGCAAGAUGGCGUGGGGUGUACUGCUGUUCGUGGUGAUCCUGGAGACCGCCAUCGGCCAGUCUGGACGGUUUUCCGACCCGAAACUUGAGGAAGAUUUGGUCGACUUUGUUCCAGUGUCCACGGUGGAGGUGGAGGCCGUGGUCGGACGCAGCGCCUCCCUGCCCUGCGACAUAGAACCGGACACCAACGAAGACCGCGUGUACAUGGUGCUAUGGUUCAGGCAUUCUGGAGGGAAGCCUCUUUACAGUUUCGACGUCCGCGGCCGCAGUUUCAACAAGGCCCUCCACUGGUCCGACCCGCUGGCGUUCGGUCGCCGGGCCUACUUCGUGACCAUGUCUCGACCAGCAUCAUUAGUCGUCGACACAGUGCAGCUGGACGACGAGGGUGUAUAUCGGUGUCGAGUCGACUUUAAGAACUCGCCGACGAGGAACUUUCAGAUACGACUCACUGUCGUUGUGCCCCCACAUAAGCUGUUGCUGUACGACGAGCAGGGCCGCGACGUCGCCGGUGUGGUCGGGCCUUUAGAAGAGGGCGGCAACUUCACGCUUCUCUGCGAGCUUAGAGGGGGCCGACCACAACCCACCCUAACCUGGCUGAUCAACAACAAGCCAGUGGAAGACCACACCCUCGUCAAGAACGACGGGAAAGUCAUGGUUUCCCGCAUCACAGUCAGUGGUGCUGAGCGAAGCUGGCUGAACCACACUGUGCGGUGCCAAGCGGCCAACACUCCUUUACUGAGCCCGCAUGAAAGAGCGGCUAGAGUUGAGAUGCAUUUACGGCCAACCUCAGUGGCCAUCACGGACAAACCUGGGCAGAUGUCAGCAGAUACAGAAGUCACUCUGGUCUGCGUCAGCCACGGCAGCCGGCCGCCGGCUCAGAUCACGUGGUUCAGGGAGAACAGGCGAUAUACUAGGGGAAAGCACAACGAUUUCUCCAACAAUACAUCGUCGGUCAGUCGGCUGACGAUCGUCCCGCAGCCGGAAGACGACGGCGCGAUCAUGCGGUGUCGCGCCGACAACGCCAUACUGCGUACUGCGUUGGAGGACUCCUUCAAAAUGAGAGUCGUUUAUAAACCAGUAUUAGCUAUGUCGCUGGGUAGCACGUUAAACGCGAACGAUAUCAAGGAGGGGGACGACGUGUACUUCGAAUGCAACAUCAGGGCGAACCCGAAGGAACACCGCAUUUCGUGGUUCCAUAACGACCAGCAAAUAAACCAGAACAUGUCUUCCGGCGUCAUCUUCAGCACCAAGUCGCUGGUGCUGCAAGGCGUCACGAGGAGAGACGGCGGGUUAUAUACCUGCAGUGCCGCCAACCAGAUAGGGGAGGCGACCAGCCAAGCGGUGUACUUGAGGGUGCAGUACACACCCGUCUGCGCGCAACUAUCGCCCCUCCUGAUUGGUGCUCGUUUAGACGAACCGCUGCGCGUGCGGUGCACAGUGAGUGCAGACCCAGCUGAUGUGACGUUCUCCUGGCAGUUUAAUAAUAGCGGGGAGAGUUUUCAAGUGUCACCAGCUCGAUAUGUAUCUACUGGCGGCACAGCGAGCGAGCUGCGUUAUCGCGCGGCAAGCGACCGCGACUACGGCGCGCUGCUUUGUCGCGCGACAAACGCUGUCGGCCGACAAAAGAGGCCGUGUGUCUUCCAAAUUGUGCCAGCAGCACGCCCGUCUCCACCUCGCAAUUGCACGGCGAACAGAGUCCUCAAGAGCGGGGAAGCGUUCCUAUCAGUGCGGUGCCUGGCCGGCUACGACGGGGGGCUGAGUCAAAGAUUCACGCUGGACGCUCUGGGGGACAACAUCAGAACGCUGGCUAAUACCACAGCGUCAAAUUUUGGUAAGUUUCAGACGCUUUAG